AUGUCGGAGGAAGGCCAGGCAGAAACUCUUGCGCAACGUUCUUUGCAAGUCCCAUUUCCUCCUAAACCCCCAAUAAAUUGCAUGUAUACUACAAAAAAUGCUGGCGAUCUUGCUCGCACGGACGCGGCUCUUGUGUUCACGCAUGGUGCAGGUGGCACCUUGCAAUCCGAUGCAAUUGCUAAUUUCACUCAUGGCUUUGCAUCGCAUUCUCGGCAAUCGAGCAUUCUUUGCUUCCAGGGCAACAUGAAUUUGAAGUCCAGAGUCAAGAUGUUCAGCGACAUCAUUGCCUCCAACUUGAACGUCAAAACCCCAUCUUGUCUAGGAGGGCGCAGUAUGGGUGCCCGAGCUGCAGUCAUGGCUGCUACGGAAAAUGCAACCCAUCUAGUACUUGUCAGCUAUCCGCUGCAUACUACCAAAGAAACUCGAGACCAAGUGUUGCUCGAUUUGCCAGCGUCUGUGAAGGUCAUCUUCGUCAGUGGGGAUCGCGACGAGAUGUGCGAUCUUGAAAGACUCGAAGAAGUUCGGAACAAGAUGAAGUGUAUGACUUGGAGGGUGGUCGUCCAAAAUGCAGAUCAUGGAAUGAAUGUGAAGCCCAAAGCUGGGACCCGGGAGGUUGGGAGGAAGACUGGGGGCGUUGUGGCGAUGUGGCUCAAAGCCUCCGAUGUUAGUCUCAGAGAAGGCAGGAUUCUUUGGAACGCUGAUGAGGAGACGGCUCAAUGGAGUGGCUGGUCCCUCGGACAUGCGGGGCCCCGGACUAAUGUCGAUGCACAAAUCAAAUCUCCAUCAGAAACCACGGCGAAAAAGACAUCUCGUGGAAAGAGAAAGGACUUAACUGAAGACGAACCCGAGGAGCCCAGGUUCACGAGGUCGAGGAAGCGUCGUAACGUUUAUGAUGUUGCUGGUCGUGGUGACCUGGCCAAUACUGACUCGCAUAUCAGUAUCACAUCAUGUAUGAUCGUAUACACGCUCAAGACUGCAGAACGACCAUUCGCUUCCUCUUUACUAGGCGUACAUAUUCGAAACCACAACGAGGAAGAAGAACUGCAUCUAUCCACAGAACUCAGCUCGACAGAACUGAGCUUUACACCCUUGAAUAAUCCAAGCGAAAAGUACCUUGAUGUGCCUAUAUGCGACCCUGCUUUAUAUCCUUGUCCACCUAAGAGGCCUAAACCCCCUCCACGAGGUCGAAUCUCAUGGCUCCCACCUCUGAAGUUUCAGGUCCCAGCAGAGACUGGGCAUCCAGCUCUUCAAAGGACACCUGAUCAGCAAACCCCAACAAGGUCCCAGGCAAACCUCUCUGCUGCAUCUAUCAACCAUCUUCCUUUGCCUCAGAUUGCUCAAACGGCCGCUCUCUCUUCUUUGGAGCGCAGUGAAACGACUGCGACGUCAUCCUCGUCGGUCUACAGCCGCUCAACGUCUGCAUCGACGCUGUCUCGCGGGCCUAGCACGCUCAGCUCUUUCCCCAGUACUCUAAGUUCCUUCAGUAGUAAUUCCCGCAGCAGCACGAUCAAGAGCUCGACCUCGUCCAGACCCAGUGUCCCAGCCAUACCAGAGAAGUACCGUCACAAGAGCCACAGCCUACGGAACGGUGGGAGUCCACCGCGACCAGGCUCACGACCUGCCAUGCCGCCGGCAGACUUCUGGAUGUACGCCAGAGCCGCGCAACAAAAACAGAACGACCUCGAAGAGCGCUCUCAAACGGUUUUGCCCGAAAUGCCCCCUGAAACGCGGGAAAGGGCACACUCCGAAGGCGCAGCGAAAAGAGACCCGAGCCUGUGCCAUUACCCACUGCUCCCUGCUUCACCCGAGAAAGCGGUACUAAGGCCGAAUAUGAACAAGGGAAAUACGAUGCGGGUGGCGGAGAAGACGUACUACGAGAAUUUGAGGAAAGGGGCAAGGAUUGCAAAGGCGGUGGACUAUGGGAGGUUAGAUGGGCAUGGGAGGAAGGAUAGUAGGACGUUGGUGAAGAUGAGGCAGCCUUGGGAUCAGGAACCGAGAUGGGAGAGAAGGAGGGCGAAUAGUUGA